GGGAGUGAAAGGGACGCUGCGCUGGAGGGGAGGCAGUGGGACACCCACGGAGGGAGGAUCGCGGGGUCCCCCAUCCCCACACUGCGCGGCAGUGAGCACCAGGAGCCGCUCCACCUGGGGUCGGGAACACCGUUCUUUCCACCGGACCCCACUACCCAUCCGAGCCUGAUGAGAAGCUCGUGAACCUAUGCAGACCAGGAAGAAAUACCUUUUCCUGACUUUCCUCGCCUCUUGGCUUCUGCUUUUCUUCUUUGGAAGAGAGCAGCUGCGCCGUUUCACUUUCUUUCCCAGGAGGAACGUCGCAGUUCGCAGGAGUUGGCCCCGCUGGGCGGAUCGUACCCUGCUGCACAGCUUUGCGGAGCCCUGGGAGCUGCAGGGCAGCACGGACACAGCGCAGCCCUCACCCCGGGCCCGGCGGGUGGCACAGCUGAGCACAUCCCAGGGCAGCCGGUGCCGCAUGGAGAGCUGCUUCGAUGCCUCCCGCUGCCAGAAUGGCUUCAAGGUGUUCACAUACCCACGGGAGCACGGCGAGCCCAUGUCGGAGAGCUACAGCAAGAUCCUCAGCUCCAUCGAGCGCUCGCGUUAUUACACCCCGCGCCCCGAGGAAGCGUGUCUCUUCGUGCUGAGCAUCGACACGUUGGACCGCGACCCCCUCUCUGCUCACUACGUCCGCGGCGUGGAGCAGAGGAUCCGCUCCUUCCCGCUGUGGAACAGCGGCCGCAACCACCUCAUCUUCAACCUGUAUGCGGGCACGUGGCCCAACUACACCGAGGAGCUGGGUUUUGACAUCGGCCACGCCAUGCUGGCCAAGGCCAGCUUCCACAGCAAGAACUUCAGGCCCGGCUUCGAUGUCUCCAUCCCUCUCUUCCCCAGGGAGCACCCGCAGCGCGGCGGGCAGAGGGGGUGGCUGCACCACAACUCGGUGCCCCCAAAAAAGAAAUAUUUGCUGGUGUUCAAGGGGAAGCGCUACCUGACCGGGAUCGGCUCCGGCACCAGGAAUGCUCUGCACCACAUCCACAACGGGCAGGACAUCGUGUCGCUCACCACCUGCAGGCACGGCAAGGACUGGGAGAGGCACAAGGACACACGCUGCGACCAGGACAACGUGGACUAUGAAAAGUUUGACUACCAGGAGCUGCUGCACAAUUCCACCUUCUGCAUCGUGCCCCGUGGCCGGCGCCUGGGCUCCUUCCGCUUCCUGGAGGCACUGCAGGCCGCCUGCAUCCCAGUGCUGCUGAGCGACGGCUGGGAGCUGCCCUUCUCUGAGGCCAUCGACUGGGGCAAAGCGGCCGUGGUGGGCAGCGAGCGACUGCUCCUGCAGAUCCCCUCUGCCGUCCGCUGCAUCCGCCCGGAGCGCGUGCUGGCAUUCCAACAGCAGACCCAAUUCCUGUGGGACGCGUACUUCUCCUCCGUCGACAAGAUCGUGCACACCACGCUGGAGAUCAUCCGGGAUCGGCUGCUCCCACACCGUUCACGCUCCCAUUUCCUCUGGAACACACUGCCCGGGGGGCUGCUGGCACUGCCCGACUUCUCCACGCACCUCGGGGACUUCCCCUUCUACUACCUGCAGCACGGCUCUGGCCCUUCUGACAAGUUCACAGCACUCCUCCGGGCUGCCCCCCCGCUGGGCUCCCUCUCCCAGCCCACCCUCAGGCUCAUCCAGGCUGUCUCCAGGUCCCAGUACUGUGCGCAGAUCCUGGUGCUGUGGAGCUGCGAGAAGCCGCCGCCACCGAGCGGGACGUGGCCACAGACUGCUGUGCCUCUCACCAUCAUCCAGGGCAGGACGAAGCUCAGCGACCGCUUCUUCCCAUAUGCAGCCAUCGGGACGGACGCAGUGCUCAGCCUGGAUGAGCACAGCAGCCUCUCCACCAGCGAGGUGGAUUUUGCCUUCGUGGUGUGGCGCAGUUUCCCUGAGCGCAUCGUGGGCUUCUCUGCGUGGAGCCACUUCUGGGACCCCGAGCAGAAGCGCUGGGGCUACACCUCCAGGUGGACCAACAAGCUCUCCAUCGUCCUCACCACCGCCGCCUUCUACCACAGGUAUUACCACAGCCUCUUCACGGAGUACCUCCCCACGGGGCUGCAGGAGCUGGUGGACAGCCUGGCUGCCUGCGAGGACAUCCUGAUGAACCUGCUGGUGGCUGCUGUCACUAAGCUGCCUCCCAUCAAGGUCACGCAGUGGAAGCAGCACAAAGAAGCCGCGUCUCAGCCGGUGAAGGGCACGGCAGCGGGCAGCAGCCGGCGUUUCUCCCAGCAGCAGGACUGCCUCAACCAGCUGGUGGACUGGUUUGGCUCCAUGCCCCUCGUGUCCUCCCAGCUGCGCCUCGACCCAGUGCUCUUCAAGGACCAGGUCUCUGUCCUGCGCAAGAAAUACCGCUACUUGGAGAAGCCCUGAGCUCAGCCGUGCAGCCCAUACCCCUGCACAGACCUCGCAGGGCACGGCACAGCCCUCCUGGACCAAGCACUGCCACGGGGCUUUAUUCCUGAUUGGGUUUUACCAGUACAAUAAAGGUCGGUGGAGGUGCAAA